CUUAAAUAUCCGACGCUUGUUCUUCCGUCUUCUGUCAAAUUAGAGUUUUCAAUAUAUAUUCAGACUCUUCUUCUUCUUCUUCUUCUUCUUCUUCUCUUCCUCCGAUCUCCUCGCUUCGACUUUUCUUAGGGUUUUCGCGUGUUCAAUCGAUGGCUACACUCGAUAGCGACGUAAACAUGAUCCCUGCGGGGGAAUCCUCGAGCAGCGUCGUGGCUUCUUCGUCGAGCAAGAAGGCGAAGAGAUUCGAAGUGAAGAAGUGGAGCGCCGUCGCUCUUUGGGCUUGGGAUAUCGUCGUCGACAAUUGCGCCAUCUGCAGAAACCACAUCAUGGAUCUCUGCAUUGAGUGUCAGGCUAAUCAGGCCAGCGCUACUAGUGAGGAAUGCACUGUUGCUUGGGGGGUUUGCAAUCAUGCUUUCCACUUUCACUGUAUCAGCAGAUGGUUGAAGACUCGUCAAGUUUGUCCAUUGGAUAACAGUGAGUGGGAGUUCCAGAAGUAUGGUCACUAAAUCAACUAACCGCACCAGCAGAUUUGUGUAUCAUGUUCAUUCUGCUACCGAUAUAAGAUACUAAGCUUGCUCAAACUUCCUUUUUUUUUCCUUUCUUCGCUAGUUGUGAAAACAGUGUUUUUACUUUCAUUAAACCCUUAUCGUUUUGCUUUGGAUAAUGUCUUUAAUUUUCAAAACAAAAAAAAAUCUAUAUACAUAAAUGUGUUUUCUUA